GACACUCGGUGGAGAGCUGUGUGCACCGCUGCGCGUUUUGGGUCAAAAGCGUCGCUUUAACCGCUGCGUUUCAUUCAAAGUUAAAAAAAUAUACAACUUUUCUUUAUCGAAGGAGGUCGAUACGUUUCUUCCGGUCGCAAUAUCGCGCUAAAUCGUCCGUAUUUCCCGUUGGAAUCGGACGUAAAGGGUGCACCUUUGCGCAGAGACCGGUUUAAUGCUGAGAGGCUCCUCUGGGUGCACAAAGACAGCGGCUCGCAGAGGAACUUGUUCAGAGUGAACCGGGGACGCUGGGAGGCGAAAUAAACAAGCUCCGGAGCCGAAGUAGCCGCCACCGCGCAGUUCUACCCCCGUAAACACACGAUCCAUCCACUCGUCAACGACACACAAGGUUACAGCUGUGUGCUGGUAGUGACCGUGAGGUGGAGCAGGCCAGACUUGGCAUCAUGGUGAAGGCCCAUAAGUCAGGUGGGAGGAAGAGCUCCCACAGCCUCCGCAGACAGACUGGUGGCCAGACAGAGAAAGAGGAAGGUCAGUCCCAGUCAGACACUAAGCAUCCACCACAGGAGCAGCCCCGUGGAGGAGACAAACCCUCUGAUGAUGCCCAGCUCCGGACCUCUGCACCAGCCGAGGAGCUCUCUGAGAACUGUGACCAGAACGAAACUCCCAUGGACGUCCAGGAAAAGGGCGACUCUGGCCAAGCCAAGCCCAUGUGGAAACCCAUUCCCCCUCUGCUGCCUGAGCCCGAGGACAGCGGGAGCACGACCGGUGGGACCAGGGACCAGAGCUGCCAGACUGACGAGCAGCUUCUCCAGACCAGUGGUCAUAACACAGGUCUCUGUGUGGAGCCCGGAGAUCCUCCUCUCCUCCAACAGCCUCUGCAGACGUCCAAGUCUGGGAUUCAGCAGAUAAUUGAAUGCUUCCGUUCAGGCACCAGUCAGCUGAGACACAUGCUGCUGAGGGAGGUGGACACCAUCUUCGAGUGUAAACUGUGCCGAAGUCUGUUCAGGGGCCUGCCCAACCUCAUCACACAUAAAGAGUACUACUGCCUUUCACGGCUGUCUGAAUCCGACGGUUCAUCGGGGGACGACAGACAGAGUGUGGCCAUGAAGGAUUUACUGGACACCAUAUAUCCCAGAGCCGACCGACCAGAAUGCGUGGUCCGACUGGAGCCCAUUCAGACCACUACCAAGGCUGUGUUCCAGUACCUCACCACAGAAGAGGACCUGGCCCGAUAUCCAUCACACACACCCAGUGCCAGAGAGAGUCCAGUAGCAUGGGAAGAGCCAGCGGAGGGAGGGGACAACAGCCAGGCGAGCCAGCGAGGUGGAGCCGAGAGCCACAGCAGCCCAGGACCCAACCAGGGGCAGAAGAAGUGGGAGGCUGAGGAGGAGGCGAAAGCAGAGCAGCCACCGCCUGAAGAGGAGGGCUCCACUAGCGGGGUGGAUGAUGUGACGAUCUCCUGUUGUCUGUGCGGUCAGGACUUUAACUCGCGCCGCAGCAUCAGGCGCCACUGCCGCAAAAUGCACAAGACCAAACUGGAGGAGCUGCGAAAAUUCACAGAGACACGAACAGUUCCCACGAGCCUGCUCUCUAUGGUGAAAGGUCGGCCAAGGACUCUCAGCGCACCGACCGGAAAAUCCUGCCUCGUGUGCCUCAAAACCUUCGCCACCAAAGCCAACGUGCGGCGACACCUGGACGAGGUGCACCGCGGCCUGCAGAGGAACCCCAACACCCCCAGCGUCUCCCCGAAGCCCGGCCAGACCAACACACCGGAGGCCACGCCUCCCAGGAAGAGCAACAAUUCCUCUCCAACACGUAGCCACAACUCCAAGUCCACGCCUGUGAACACCAAAACCGCGUCCUCCAACCAAAACCAAUCCAAACCUCAGCCUCAGCCCCCGGCCGCUGUGCAGGCAAACCCGGUGUCAUGUCGCUGCACGCUCUGCAAGAGGACGUACAGCUCUCAGCUCAUGCUGAAGAGGCACAUGCGCAUUGUCCACAAAAUAUACAGUGUGAAAAGUAACAAGCCUGCUGCCCCAGCACCCCCCGCUACUACAGCAGCGACUCCAAACAAAAACAACAACAACAACAGCAGCAGCAGCAACAACAACAACAACAGCAGCAGCAGCACAAACGUGGCCUCAAGCAACAAUGUCCGGGUGAAGGAGGAGGCAGUCGAGCCCUCGGCUGACGAGGAAGAGGAAGAGGAGGAGGAAGAGGAAGAGGAAGAGGAGGAGGAGAUAGACAGUAGUCCUGCCCCGUCUCCAAGUGACAGCACUGCUACAGCUAAAAGUGUUUCUGUGGCACCCAGCUCCACGAAGGUGAAGGAGGAGGAAGCCCCACUCAGCACAAAGAUGAUGCCAUCAUCCUUAUCUUCAUCAUCAUCAUCCUCCCGUGCCGGCAGCGGCGUGUCCGUCCCCAACAAAUCGACCAAACUGUCUGUGGGCUUUGACUUCAAGCAGCUCUUCUGCAAACUGUGCAAGCGACAGUUCAGCUCCCGUCAGAACUUAACGAAGCACAUCGAGCUGCACACCGACGGCAACGAGAUCUUCAUCAAGUUUUACCGUUGCCCCCUCUGUCGCUACGAGUCGCGCCGCAAACGGGACGUCCUGCGCCACGUGACUGUCGUCCACAAGAAGUCGUCCUCAUACCUCGGCAAGAUCAUGCCCAAACUGGAGAGCAGGGCGGUGAAGAGGCUGGCAGAGGCCGUCCUCAGCAGCCCGAGCCCCAACAAGAGGACAAGCAGCGGCGUCAAAGAGGAAGUGAACGGACGCCACGCCUCUUCGUCCUCCUCCUCUCCUUCGCCCCCUGUAACGCGCAAGCAAGAGAGUUCCACAGCUGCACCGGCCUCCUCUUCAUCCUCCUUGUCCUCCUCCUCUUCGUCCUCAGCCCCACCUCCUGCCCCCCCCACUCGGAAACAGCAGGAAGUCUCAUCGCCACCGUUCGUGCCCUCCCCUCCCGUCACCCGUAAGCAGGAGAGGCAGGAGAGGCAGGAGCGACAGCAGACUCAACAGCCUCGCCCCAUCAGCCCGCCGCUCACCCGCCGCAGUGAAAAACACACACACCUGCGCAACUCCACCUCCUCCACCAGCAUCUCACCGAGCAACCCACCGCCACACACCCGACGGCAAGAGGCGCAGUCGGAGAGCAGCAGCACCGGGACGUCGUCCACUGAGGUCCGGGUGACCAAGAAUUUCUCGCUCCACGCUUGUGACCAGUGUGGACGAGCUUUCGCUAAGAAGCUGUACCUGGAGUCUCACAAGCGCAGCCAUCGUAACGCCGUGACGACAGCAUCCAACAAGAGGAAAGGAGUCAGCACUCGCUCCAAGUCGUUGGUCUGGUGAAGGACACAGUUUCGCCGGGGGGAAAAGGACGGGCGAGCCACUAACGAUGAAGAAGACAUUCAAAACUUUGAGUUUGAGAAACAAUGGUGGAGUGGAAGUAGCAGAGAUGCAGGAAACGACGGAGCAGGACAAGAUUGAAGUACAAAGGAUUUUUCCUUCUUCUGCUUAAGAACCAAAUACAUUGUCGGACUAUGACGUUACUUUUUGUAUAUUUUCACGAUGAAGCCCGGCAGCUCGCUGGACGGUGGCGCUGCUAUCCCCGAGGAGACUACUCACUACUACUGCAUAUGUCUGUGUUUAUGUACUGCAGUACGUAAGUGUGGAUCCACGUGCGGACAACUGACAUGUACUGCUUUGCUCUCCGUAAACAGAAGGAUGGAGGUGUAGUAAUGUGUAUGUGUGUGUGUUUGUGAGAGAGUGUGUGUGUGUGUGUGUUAGAGGGAGUGAAUGAUAACUGGAGCCACAUGAAGGAGGAAGUAAAACUUUUUUUUGUUUUUUAUUUAGCAGAAAGCAGACUCUCAUUUUGCCUUCACUUCCACAGAUUUACAUAUUUUGUUCCUCGACUAUUAACAUUUCAUAUCAGCUCUUCUUCACCAUCUCUGUACAUUCAGGACUUUGACUGUGGCAUCAAUUCGCUCUGUUGGAAACCCGCUCGCUCAGUAUUACGACAAAUCAACAGAAAAGACAUUUCCAACUUCCCGCGACUUAUCGUUCCGCUUCCUUUCACCCCCUGUAUGUCUAGCUGCGUGCCUUAGAGUUGAAAGUCACCUUAACCUUCUCACAGAAAUAUUUCCUCACUCAUCUUUGUUGGAUUUGUAAAAUUCUUUACUCCAGCAGCCCGUAGUCUUAUCUAGUGACCAGUUGUAGCAGGAUCUAUUGCCCAGGUCUUAUAUUAGAUUAUCAAAUGUUUAUUAGUUUCAGGGUUUGGUCAAAAUGAGGAAGGGUCCAAAGUUUAUUUUCAGUUUACCCCAAAAAAUGAUGUGUGCACUUUUCAAAAUUUGUCAUAUUCUUUGGUCAUUUGUUCUUUGGCGUUUUCUUACAUUUCAUUUUGUUAGUCUUCUCUGUUUAGACUCAUUGCAUGCCUUUGUGUGUGUGUGUGUGGGGGGGGGGGGGGGGCUCCUUCACCUUGACCAUACCCUGUUUUACCUCUGCACAUUAGCAGUUUUAUCGGGCUCAGAAAUAGACGGCUAUAGGAGGAGCAUGGGUCACAGUCUGAUUAUUUUUCUUCCUGAUAUCUCUUAUUUUAGGAUUAAACUGAUCAGUUCAACUGUUAACUAGUUUUGCUAUGACAAACACAGGCGGUGUGUAAAAUGAGUUGUGUUACUGUGUGAGAGGCUCUGCACAUAUUACGAGGGGUAAUGUGUGUUUAAAUCAUAGACUGUAAAGAUGGGCCACAUCACAGCUCCUCACAGGUGAAGCCAAAGCGACUUUAUAGUCCCCUGGUGGCAGGCUGCGGUAUAAGUUAUAAAGAUUUUCUAAUCACACUGAUGUAUUUACAAGUGACGAUUUUGCUUUUAGUUUUUUGAUGCUAUAAAAACCGGUUGAAACCCUAAUGAUUGACAGAUGAGACUGACUUGCGAUUGGUCGAGCACAUGCAUCGGCGGAGCCUCGAUACCGUAGAUCAACUACUUUGCAGACUCCGCCUCCAAAUGAGGUAAAAGUUCACAAUGCAUUUGUAACCUGGAAUAUUUAAGAUGAAUUUGUUUCAUACAACCGGAGGAAUGGGAGACACGUCGGCCAUCUUUAUUUACAGUCUUUGGUUUUAAUGCAUAUUUUUCAAGACAAACUACUUUUGACUUUUCCAUUAACUGGAAGACUUUGUUUUCUGAAUAUGAAUUAGGCCGGGUUUGUCCGAUCAGAGCUGAAACCAAAACAGACUCAACUUUCAGGCAGCAGCGGGUGUAGCAGGUGUGAAUUGACAGAAUAUACUUUUGUUGAUACUUAAAUUGAUAAUAAUAUAGAUUAUUACCCAAACAAAAGAAAUGUUAAAGCUGCGCGACUUUUCUAACUUAAACACCUCACGUCCCCCAACUUGAAAGUUUACAUUAAACUAUUGGUUCCAUUUACAGCAACAACAACAAGUGAGGGGCCUGUUUAAAUAAACUCAGUGAAUUUUCCUUUGUCUCAACUUUUUAACUUUAACAAUGUAAUCUCCUUCUUUUUCUCUUUUUUUUUCUUAAUCGACUAAAAACUGCAUCAGUUCCUUUCAGGGCGGGCUUUCAUGUCCUGGAGCUGAAGCGGGGCCUGCGUGUGUUUGAUCGCAGCUCCUGAGGUAGUCUUUGAAAAAACACUGGCACACGGAAGAGAAUUAGGAGGGAAAAGAAUUGAGAAUGACCAAAUGUAGAUAUGUCUUAACGUUCAGACAGAAGGCCAUGAAAUGGAACGAACCCCGAAAGAGAAAAAGAGGAAAAGACCAAACUAUAUUUUUGUAACUGAAAACACGACACAGUCUUGAAAAACGUGUAUAUAUGGGUUCAUCUUACGCGGGUGGUAUAAUAAUAGUUCUAAUAGUCACAAUAGUUGCUGACAUGUACUUAACUGUUGGUUGACCUUACGCUUCAGACAUGUUCGGCUAGUUUCUACGUCACUGUGUAACACUGAGGCAAGUUUUGCGUUGUUCCACCUUUAGUCGUCUUUUGUAUGUAUCUCAUUCCUUUCUGAACGAGGACAUUUGUGUUGGGAUGGAAUCGAAACCUCAAAGAGACUCUUAGGACGUUUUGUUUUUCCAAUUUUGUCGUUUUCUUUCGUCAUCAGUUGUACUUUGUUAUUAAGGUCACAUCCUAGAGAACCUGAGAAGAGUUUAGAGAAGCAUUUCAGAUGUGACGAGAAUGUUAAAAUAAAAAACUACUUAAUGAAUAAAAAUGUUCUGCUUCAAACCUC